CCGUAAAACGCCAGAGAAGAAGAAGACGUCGACGACGACUCACGUCGAGAGAAAUAAGUCAAGUAAGGGAGGGAUAAAAGUUGUAAAGUUGGAACCAUGGCUCUGGGAGACUAUUGGAAGCAAUUGUCCUGGUUUUACUACCAAUAUCUUCUGGUGACAGCGUUGUACAUGUUGGAGCCCUGGGAGAGGACGGUGUUCAACUCCCUGCUGAUCUCAGUGGCUGGCAUGGCAGUUUACACUGGCUAUGUUUUCAUGCCACAGCACAUCAUGGCCAUCCUGCACUACUUUGAGGUCGUCCAAUGACAUGAUGACUCUGUCCAUCCACCCGUCUGUCUCUGGCUUCCUGUCUCUUCCUCUGCCUGCCUGCCUGUCUGUCUCUCCCUGGUUUGAAGUGGGGAUCGUUUCCAACCAUGUGGAGGCAGGAUGUCUUCUCUCCAAAGCCAAUUCUGUAUCAAUGGUCAAAGCUGCUGGAGGUCAUGUUGGACAAAUUUUUCCCUGGGACUGUUUCUGUUGAAGAUAUUUGAGACUGUGAACUGUGCUGGGCUCAGACACACGGCCUUUAAAGAUGGUGCAUUAGUUUUGUUUUCUCCAUGUGUUUUGCUUUCAUGUCCUUGAAUCAAGCACACCUUACUAUUUUGAAAAUGUAUAAUUAUCUGGAUGUCUGGUUGUGUAGGGCCAUUUUAUUUUUAUUCCAUUCAGACAUCAAACCAUUGUUGUCAUAGUGUUUUUUUUAGUGGCUGGACAAAAGACAUUGUCCAUUACUGUAGUCUUUGAGCCAGAUAUGAUGAUGAUGAUGAUGGAAGCAGGAUCAGAUCUCUGAAUGAGGCUUGAUUGUUUUGUCAAAGCAGGCACGAGCUGCCUUGAGGUAGUAAUGUCAGCUCUUUUCAACUGCCACCAUCGUUUUCCCGUACUUUCAAACCUCUGUUUCCACACACAGACAGAUGCAGUCUCGCAUAUGCAUAUGCACAUGCACAUGCACACCUGCAACUUCACACAGCGAAGUAUUUCAUCAAAACUAAUGCCUUCUGCAAAAUCCUAAGUGUAGGUAACACAUGAGCUGAAUGACAAACUUGUCACUUCCUGCAAAAGAAAAGCAAAUUGGACAUUUAUUCUCCACCUCAGAGAAACCUAUCUGUGGUAAACACCCUAAAAAUGGGGUUUCCCGCAGCUAGUAACUUAAACCUUCAGCUCAGCCUUAAAUGCAAUCUUUAUGACGAGUUAAUGAUGUAUAUGUCUUGAAAAUUAGACUUGAGAGGAAAUGGACCAAUAGACAUUAACAAGAAUGGAUGUAUUUCCUUCAUGCAGACAUUUUUAAACCACCUAUUGCAGCUCCGCAUCAGCUUUGUUUCUAUCUACUAACUUCUUAUUGUACACGGUUGAAGUUGGACAUGGCCACUGUACCUGUGCUGCCAGCUGUCAAUCACUCUGUGAAAGCAAAUGGUGAUGUUAUCAGGUCAGGGAUAAACUGACGUGUAUGUCAUUAACCACAUAGUAGGCAAUGCUAACACUUUCCUCUUUGCACAGAAAUGGUAAAUUCUCAAGUUCCAUUUUCUGUAUGUCAUGUUUUCUAUGCAUUCCUUCCGUUACUGGUGUCCUUUGGAAAAUUGUUUUUCCCACCUUCAGAACUGUAUUUUUCUCAAUUUUGUGUAUAUAAUCUUGUAUACAUAUUUGCAACAUUUUGUAGAUGAAUAUGUUGGUGUAUAGAAUGACAUUUGUUUUUUUUGUGAGCUACUGAUGGUAAAUAUUGUUAAAUAA